AUGAGGGAGGAUGCAGGGAGAAACCAAACUGAGGGUUGUCCAAGAAUAGAUGGGUGGGACGUCGAUGGAAAGAAUGGAUCCUCUCCAGAUAUCUACGUCCCUUUCCUAGGAAACUCUUUGCUGAAGCUGCACAUCGAAAGGUUCCCGGUGCCACUUCAUGAAGCCGGUCUCGAUCUUCAAUGCAUUUUCGAGUUCUUGGAGGAGAUGCCACAAAUAAAAGUGCCAGGAAGGGGAUUGGAAAGUAAACCUGGUUGGAUCCUAUGCGACGAUAUCGCUCCAGUCCUUCGCCAUGGUGGAAACGGAAGUACGGAAAGGUGGUUUUCAAAGUGUGGUAUCAUGGGUGAUAAAAUUGACAUGAUUCCGGGUCCUUCGCGACCAAAGCUACCACGACAUGAUGCAGAGAGAGCGUACAAGGAAGAUAAAAUUGCUGAUCUAUUAGAAGCAAUAUCCUUCUAUUCUGACAGUGACCUCAACAGUUCUAGUGAUAGUAGCGCCGAAGGCGCAGCAAUGGUUGUUUGCCGCAUAGUGAAUCGCCCCUCUCCCAAACCAGAAAGGGGUCCCAUUAUGAUGACGGGAAACUUCUUAGGGGAGAAUCCAAAGUCAGAGAAGAGUUACGAGUUCGUGAAUCCCGAAAUCCAUGCCAUAAUACCUUCCUUCGGACCGAAAUCGGGAGGAACCCUGCUACAAAUCUAUGGGAAACAUUUAAAUGCUGGCAGAAACGUUUCCGCUACCUUGGGUUCUUCAAAAUGCGAGGAAUUGAAAAGGUUAAAAGCUACGGUGGUGGUGGCGGUCGUGGCUGUCACCCCCAACGCGCGGGCCUACGAUGCUAUGCCAUUCUGGGUCAUAGGCUAG